CCGAGCUCACAUCCAUCCUUCUGCUGGUCUCACUGCCCGACCUGGUCUGUUUCUCUCUCUCUCUCUCUUUCAAUCCCACACGUACUCCCUCAACAGCUGCAAUCUGGAAGAAAUUAUUCUUCUACACAGCCAGACUUCCCCAGUUUCAGGAAAUUCCAGGCUGGCAGGGGGAGGGGCCGAGCUGGGGGCCGCCCCGUCUGCCGUGUUCUCGGGCGGGCGCACCCCCAGUGCCAGCCUCCUCCCCGCCCCCCGCCCCCCCACUCAGCCCGGAGGGGCCUCAGCUUUUCCACUGCUACUUCCUAGUCCUUUAAAUCCUAGAGACAAACUUUUGGGGGAUAAGGAAGGCUGGGAGGGGCCUACGCCUUAACCCUCUCCGCCCCAGACAGACUGAGCUUGACUGCGCGGUGACUCUGCGCCCCCUUGGGCUCCUACCAUGGCCCCCGAGAGGGGCUGACACUUCAGAUCCCGGUGCAGGUGAGAUCCCGCCCGGAGGAAGAAGGAAGCAGGCGCGGGCCUGGGACUAGGAGGCGGAGGCGGGCUCAGAACCAAGACGAGGGGGCUCCCAGCUUGAGCCGGAGCCUGAGAGUUUGCCUGCCCGGUUCAGCGAGGACCACGAGAUGCCGGUCCUGAAGCAGCUGGGCCCCGCGCAGCCCAAGAAGCGGCCGGAGCGCGGCGCUCUGUCCAUCUCCGCGCCGCUCGGCGACUUCCGGCACACUCUGCACGUGGGGCGCGGCGGCGACGCCUUCGGAGACACUUCGUUCCUGAGCCGCCACGGCGGCGGGCCGCCCCCUGAGCCCCGGCCGCCGCCCGCGGGGGCCCCGCGCUCCACGCCGCCGCCCGCCGUGCCGCAGCCCCCGCCGCCCGCCCUCCGCGCGCCCGCGCCCGCCGACCCUCUGCUGUCCUUCCACCUGGAUUUGGGCCCCUCCAUGCUGGACGCAGUGCUGGGCGUCAUGGACGCGGAACGUCCGGGAGCCGCCGCCGCCAAGCCCGACGUGGACCCCGGCCCCGGGGCGCAGCACCCUAGCGCCCGCUGCCUCCCCAACGCGGACCUCGAGCUGGACGACGUCAUCGGCCUGUAGGCACCCCCAUUCCCUGCGCCCUUACCGUCCAGCGCCCCACUUCUUUAUACAUAAACCGACAAGGUCUGUGC